AUGAGUACAGAGGUUGAAAAAGUUGAUCAAGUGGAUCUUACGUCCCUCAACUCUUUAGCUGCUGGAACUAAUAAAAAGAAUCCGAGAGUUGUGGCAGCAGGAUUAGGUGGAAGAUUGAUGGGUACAAAAUCUCUAGUAAAUGUUACUGCUGAUGAAAUUACUAAAGACUCUUUGGAGCUGCUUGCUGAGAAGGAUAGAUUAGAAAAAGAAAAAUUUUCGAAGAUUAAGCAUAUAUCUGAGAAGAAAUGGACUCUUUCGAACUGGCAUGAACAUAUUAAUUGGUUAAAUAUGAUAUUAGUUGUAUUUGUUCCAAUUGCUGGUUUUUUUGUCGCCUAUAUUCAUCCUCCUCAAUUGAAGACUGUUAUCUUAGGAGUAAUACUUUACAUUUUCAGUGGUGUUUCUAUCACGGCAGGAUAUCAUAGACAUUUUGCUCACAGAGCAUAUGAUACCGGUGUACCUCUUAAGUUGUUUUAUGCACUUUUUGGAGCUGGAGCUGUUGAAGGCUCUAUUAAAUGGUGGAGUCAUUCCCAUAGAGUGCAUCACAGAUAUACGGAUACUCCAAGAGAUCCUUAUGAUGCGAGACAAGGGUUCUUUUACUCCCAUAUGGGCUGGAUGCUUGUUAAGGCUAAUCCUAAAAACAGAGCUAGGGCUGACAUUUCAGAUUUAACUAGUGAUUGGGUAGUCAACUUUCAACACCGUCAUUACUUGAUUUUGAUGUUGUUGAUGUCUGUUGUCGCUCCUACUUUAAUUGCUGGAUUAGGUUGGGGUGAUUAUUUAGGUGGUUUUGUAUAUGGCGGUAUUAUAAAGACUUUCGUCAUUCAGCAGGCUACUUUCUGUGUCAAUUCUUUGGCCCACUGGAUUGGUGUCCAACCAUUUGACGAUAGAAGAACUCCAAGAGAUCAUGUGGUUACUGCACUCGUAACAUUUGGGGAAGGCUAUCAUAACUUUCAUCAUGAAUUUCCAUCAGAUUACCGUAAUGCUUUGAAAUGGUACCAAUAUGAUCCUACUAAGAUGUUUAUUUUGGCUUUAUCUAAAGUUGGCUUAGCAUGGAAUUUGAAGACAUUUUCUUCAAAUGCUAUUGAGCAAGGUUUAGUCCAACAGCAACAAAAGAAGAUAGAUAGGAUGAGGGCCAAAUUGAACUGGGGUGUUUCGGUUGAGGAGUUGCCAGUCUGGGAUAGACAAGAAUUUACUGAAAGAGCCAAGAAAGAAGGUUUAAUUAUUAUUUCAGGGAUAGUCCAUAAUGUGAAACCCUUUAUUAAGGAACAUCCAGGUGGACAAGCCUUGAUUAGAGCCUCUUUAGGAAAAGAUGCUACUAAAGCUUUCAAUGGAGCGGUGUAUGCGCAUUCUAAUGCAGCUCAUAAUUUAUUGGCUUCAAUGAGAAUAGGCGUCAUUAAAGAUGCUGUUGUAGAUGCUGAUACAAUCAACGCACAACAAAGAUUUUUGGAAAAGGAAAAAUUGAUUUAA